CGCGGCCUAACGGCAGCGUUGGCGGCAGCGGCGGAGCUGGGGCUGGCGAGCUUUGCUGCUCCAGGUCUCGCGGCGGCGCCUCCGAGGGACCCGGGCCGCGGGUGGAGGCGGGAGGCGCACGGCGGAGGCGUGCGGCGAUGGUGGGCGUCCCUGGAGCGGCCGCCUUCCAGCGUCCUACUUUCCAUCUGUUGCCUUUUCUCUGCCCUGGAAGGCUGACUUAUGUGAACUACAUCAAGAGCUUCCUUCUCAUCUAAGUUGGUGCUGAGAAAAGAGUGCCAGCAAUGCCUGGAUCGCCUGUGGAAGUGAAGAUACAGUCAAGAUCCUCACCUCCCACCAUGCCACCCCUCCCACCAAUAAAUCCAGGGGGACCCAGGCCAGUGUCAUUUACUCCAACAGCAUUAAGCAAUGGCAUCAACCAUUCUCCUCCUACCCUGAAUGGUGCCCCGUCACCACCACAGAGAUUCAGCAAUGGUCCUGCCUCUUCCACAUCAUCUGCACUAACAAAUCAACAGUUGCCAGCCACUUGUGGUGCUCGGCAGCUCAGCAAGUUGAAACGCUUCCUUACCACACUGCAACAGUUUGGCAAUGACAUCUCACCUGAGAUUGGGGAGAAGGUGCGGACUCUUGUUCUAGCGCUGGUGAACUCAACAGUAACAAUUGAAGAAUUCCAUUGCAAGCUCCAAGAGGCUACAAACUUUCCUCUUCGUCCUUUUGUGAUUCCAUUCCUCAAGGCCAAUCUGCCCCUGCUGCAGCGAGAACUGCUGCACUGUGCUCGAGCCGCCAAGCAGACCCCAUCCCAAUACCUGGCUCAACACGAACACCUUCUGCUCAACACAAGUAUCGCGUCACCUGCUGACUCUUCUGAGCUGCUCAUGGAAGUGCAUGGAAACGGGAAGAGGCCCAGUCCAGAGAGGAGAGAAGAGAGCGGUUUUGAAAGAGAUACAAUUCCUCCCGAGCCUCCUGCCAAGAGAGUGUGCACCAUCAGCCCUGCUCCCCGGCACAGUCCUGCCCUCACUGUGCCCCUCAUGAAUCCUGGGGGCCAGUUCCAUCCUACUCCUCCACCUCUUCAGCACUACACGUUAGAAGAUAUUGCAACUUCACACCUGUAUCGUGAGCCCAAUAAGAUGCUAGAACAUCGAGAAGUUCGUGAUAGACACCACAAUCUUAGUCUAAAUGGAGGCUAUCAAGAUGAGUUGGUAGACCACCGUUUGACAGAAAGGGAAUGGGCUGAUGAAUGGAAACAUCUCGAUCAUGCUCUGAACUGCAUUAUGGAAAUGGUAGAGAAGACAAGGCGCUCCAUGGCAGUCCUGCGGCGCUGUCAGGAAUCUGAUCGUGAAGAACUCAAUUACUGGAAAAGACGAUAUAACGAAAACACAGAGAUGAGGAAGACAGGGAGCGAGUUGGUCUCUAGGCAGCACAGUCCUGGGAGUGCAGAUUCUCUCAGCAAUGAUUCUCAGCGAGAAUUCAACAGUAGGCCAGGAACAGGAUAUGUACCUGUGGAGUUUUGGAAAAAAACUGAAGAAGCUGUGAAUAAGGUGAAAAUUCAGGCCAUGUCAGAAGUACAGAAAGCCGUUGCUGAGGCAGAGCAAAAAGCCUUUGAAGUGAUUGCAACAGAGAGAGCUCGGAUGGAGCAAACCAUAGCGGACGUUAAACGGCAGGCCGCAGAGGACGCCUUCCUCGUCAUAAAUGAGCAAGAAGAGUCAACAGAGAACUGCUGGAACUGUGGCCGCAAGGCCAGCGAGACCUGCAGCGGCUGCAACAUCGCACGAUACUGCGGCUCUUUCUGCCAGCACAAGGACUGGGAGCGGCACCACCGCCUCUGUGGCCAGAACCUGCACGGCCAGAGUCCCCACAGCCAGAGCCGGCCACUGCUUCCUGGAGGGAGGGGCUCCUCGGCCAGGUCCACCGACUGCAGCGUGCCAAGCCCGGCUCUGGACAAGACCUCGGCCACCACCUCACGCUCCUCAACACCUGCCUCUGUGACAGCCAUCGACACCAACGGACUCUGAGCCCCAGACUCACUUCCCUCUGAUGACCUCACAGCGCGGCAAACCAUGGCACAGGGGGCCCGGCUGUUUGAACCAGUGCAGUUAGCUGUCGGGUCAUCAGCACGGAGUGAAGUGGAGGCAGGAAGAGUGCAAGGCCAGCCAAUACUGCUCCACAGCCCCUCCGGACACUGGCCCCAGUUUCCUGUCUGUGUCCUGGGGGGAGCUAGUAUGCCACUCUCUCUGCACACAGGCAGCUAGCCAGAGCCGCUCCUCCUUCCUUGGCUUCCAGGUUUGUUCCCGUUCCAGCUGAAACUGGCGUGGCCGUCCCCUUCUCAGUCUAGACCACCAGCUCCCCUCCCUGCCUCUCCAGGCAGCAGACCCGUCAGAGGUGCCCGACCGGGCUGGAGGGGGCUCGCCCCACACACUGCCGCCUACUCCACCGUCCUCCUGCGGCAGAGGCCUGGAAGCUGACAGCAGGCCGUGGAGGAGAUUCCCUCCGACGGGGGCGGCCCCUCUUGCCCUGGAACAGCUCCUUUAGCCCCAUUUCCACCCUCAGCAGAUGCCACUGACUAGCCCCCGCCCCCGGACAUGGGCAGGCAGAAGCAGCACUCAGGACCCUCUCUUCGACCCUGCUGUUCAGACUUGUUAAGAGUAUCAGAAAUCACAGGAGAUAAGUCACCAUUUCACUAAAAGCACCCGUAAUAAUGAAAAACAAAUAAAACUUCCUCCAAGCAUCACAGAUCAUUUUGGACAAGAUUUUCCAACCUGGCUUGCUACUUUAGUUUGGGACCCAUUUUUUUCUCUCUUACCUGAUUUUGCUUAUGCAGAAAUAGUUUCCAGCGCAUGGAUUGGUCUGAGGGAGAAAGACUCAACUGUGGAUAGUCUGUUCUCUCUGAGCAUGUUGGCCAAACUAGUAUCGUCAAACCAUUGAAUGGAUUAUCUAUUGGAAAUGCAGAACCUUUUGUCACCGCUUGGCUGUUUGCACAGUCGUCUUGUUCUGUGUCCCUUUUAUCUCAGACCGCGCACGUCCAGAUCACUGUGUGGAUCUUCUCGUGGUCUCUCUUUGGCCCCUGUUAAGCUAUGGUUGUCCCAUAGGAUGUGAUGUGUUGUGGCUAGGACCUGCCUCAGCAGUCAAGGCCUGCUCACAUCUCAGCAGCCUUCCUGGACCUGAAAGAAUUCUUCAAACCUCAUCCAUAGUACAUAUGAUGUCAGUUUAUUAUCAGACAUUCAGUCUCGGUUUCCUUUAUGGUAUCUAUUUGAUACCUUCCCUCUCUGAGCUAAGAAAAGUUCUGUGAAAUGUGACAACCAUUUUGAGAGAGGCUCACCAAUUUUCCUUGCCAUCAUCAGGAAGUUUUCUAGAUUCUUACCUGGCUCUCCAAAGGUGACAUCACCUAUACCUCUUUUAAAAUAUCAGGAACUGCCACACACAUUCUUCCCUGCCAUUUGUGUUUUGUUGGGAGCACAAGGACCCUGACUCUCCCACUCUCCCCCUCCAAGCCUCCAGCACCCUCUUGCCCCAAGGAAUCUGUUGGGGUGAGUUGGUUGGGCCUGCUCCUGGCCCGUGAAAGCCCAGCUUUAGAUGGCUACCUUCUGUGCACUGACCAGAGGGAAAUAAAAGCUUUGUCUCAUCAAGGAAAAGGGAUUAGUGUAGUAGCGUUGUCCUCACAUACAGGGGUGUCUUACUGCGAGAACUUCUAAGUCCCUAAUUUACCUAAAGAGUCUGUAUCUUGCAAAGGAACUCAGUACCAGGCACCUUUAAAAUACCUGGAUUUCCAGUGCAUAAAGUAAAGUAAGAUAUUCCCAGAGAAUGAAUAACAAUAAUGUUAUCCAUUAAACUGGAAUUCCUUAAACUGCAGCUGUUGGUGGGGCAUCAGGACCAACAGGAAUGAAAUUAGUACUCCGGGAAGGACUUGCCUACAUUUACUUGAGACAUGGGGUAUCCCAUGAGGAAGUCAUAGAGCCUGUGAAUCAGAGCAAGAGAGUAUCCCGUGGUACCCGUUGGGUCUGUCCCCAGGUCACUGCCUUUUCAUUGACAAGAUGUACACCUGGACAGGUUCUUUAAAUCUUCAGUUGGCCACAGGACCAGCCAGGGUAGCCCAGGUUUUUCCUGGUUGGAAUAAAGAGCCAAAAGCAGGGCCCACCGUCCAUUUCUGUAGCUAUGGUUUUAGUUUAGUGUGCGUGUCCUAGGUGGCUGUUGUGAGCUGUGGUUCUACUGAGAGCUGUGUUGGCAGAGUUACUGUGGUGCUGUUCUAGACCGCUUUGCUCACCCGCUGCCCAGAGGCCAAGCUGAAAACCUGGGUAGUAUUCCACACUGUAGUUCAGUUCUCAGACCUUUUGCUGUUCAUUUUGGUCACUUUCACAUCUAGGUUGGUAGGGCAUCUGUCCAAGACUUCCUGUUUAGGUGUAAAGAAUCCCUUUCUUCAGCUCCCUCCUCUGAAAUUCUGCUGUCUGGUUGGGAGAAGGAGGGGCACUGCCUUGGGGUGGGCAGGGAGGGGGUCGAAGGGGCAAGGGUGACUGAGUCCAGCUUCCCUACUUGGUCUCCAGUGUCUGCUCACCAUCCCAGCCACCAGGUUUGGAGUACAAGUUCAGGCUUCCCGCUUUCAUCUAGUUAGGCUUAAAAUAACUUGAUACAGUCAAGCUACUUAGAGGACCAAUCUUCAUAGUUAAUAUUUGGGGGGAGAGAGAAAAGACGGAGGGGAUGGGAGUGGUGGUACUGGAGGUGUCGGGGCGGUCCCGGGCUCUUCAAUAUUAUCGUAGAAAUGAAAAGCAAAUGUGACAUGUGCCUGCCCACCCAUCAGAGCACAUCUGGAGGAUGAGGCCAGUGUUCAGCAUCGCCCACUGAGGGACACUGAGAAGUGCCGGGACUUCACUGUCCUCUGCUUGCGAGAAGUGGUUGCAGGAACCAGGGAAGGCCAGAGUGCCCAAACUGGGAGCCACCUUUAAAUGUUCGGAGGGAUGAUUGAGGGCUGAAUCUUCACACCCUCAGUCGCCCUUUGGGUCCCCACCACCUGCACCAUGUCUGACUCCGCCCAGUGGUGAAAAUGGACUCAAGAAGAAGUUGGCUAAUUCCACCUGCUCAGGAGUAGGCAGCCUACCCUAGGAAUUGCGAGCGUGAAUGGGACUUCCGCUUUGGAGGGUCCCUGCAGCUCCAGGGUGGGCCUCUAGCACAUGUGCUCAGGCACAGGCAUGUGACCCUGAGGUCACAGAGCGAGUGGAUCUUGGACAGUGCUGAGUCAUGCAUGUCUCAGCGAAUUGAAGUCUGGAAACCAGACGCAUCUACCCAGCACAGAUCGGUGUCAUGUUGGCUGCAGUGUGGACAUCCUUUGCCCAUCUGGGCCUGCUAGUCCACCAGGAACUCCUCACUUCUUGGUGUCAACAUGAACAUCUUCAGCUUCUAGACAGAAAAUCUACACUUUACUCUCUAUGGCCUUGUUCCAAAGUCAGAUUGACCCCCAGGGCUGUCACCUGCUCGAAAGGGUGUAGACCUUAUUCUGGAUAGUUCCAGAAGCUAUCUCAGCAAGUGGAGUUGGAGGUUCAGCAACACUAUUGGAAUUGUGUGGUAGUGAGUUCUUCAGAACGAAAUAAUGACCAGGUAGCCAUUUGUCCUGGAAACUGUAGAAGGGAUUGUGGAUUGAAUGAAUCAUUUAGAACACAUCUUCGAAGCUUUCUUCAGAACUGGUGUCAGAACCAGGUCAGUAGACCAAGCCAACUUAGGUUCUUUUGUUUUGUUUUGUUUUGUUUUGUCUUGAAGCUAUUUACAGAGAACUGGGUGGUGGCAUGUUUGAACCAAAUGUAAGAAAAGCCACAGGGACCUGGACUGUUCCAGCAUGGGCCAGCCGGCCAGGUGUCCGGGGAGGAGUCUUGUCUGGGUUGGGGAGGGGGAGCUGGGCGAGCUAUGAAUAGGGCCUUUCUGGCUCUCUAAGUGUCUAGUUCUUAUGAAACCAAAACAUUGACUACCUGCCUCUUUGCCCACAUGCAUUGACAUGCUCAUUUCCAAAGAUGAUGGUGCAGGUGACCUUUUCCGUCGUGAGCCAGGAGAAGGUUGGGAGACCUGAGGGUGGACCUUGCAUCCCCCUUCCGCUCCACAGCCCCAGAAAUGGCACUUCCCUGCAGACCCCAUCCGGUCGGGCCCACAGCUGCCCAGUGUGCACUCGUCGAUGCUUAUACCAAAUAGGGCAUGUGCGGCUGGUGGCUGGCGGAGACAGCCCCGUCCCUGCAUUGGAGUUGGCGGAGAGAAGCGUAGGUGAAUGAUUGAAAGUGCUAUUUGGCUCAGCGGCCUUUGGUCUACUUUCACGGCUUUCCAAGUUCCUGAUGAGGCUACAGAAGCUCCAUCCACAAAAGAAGGCCAAUAAUGUAAAUAAAAAAGUAUGCCUCCGAGCGUGGAUUUUAAAGGGGGAUGAUGAAUGUGAAACCACCCACAGGAUGCGGUAGUCUGGUUUUUCUGUGCUUUGUCAUUUUACUCUGAUAGCGAUUUUUGUUACUUAACUCUGUGCAUAACUUAUUUAAUGUACUGUAUAAAUGAACCAAAACUGUUAAAUAUGUAUUUAGUUUGUUCUACUUAAAGUAGUCAAUAAAAAGGCUAUAUUCCU